AUGUGGUGCUUUGCAAACCCGCUCUUCAGGCACAUAAUUUACAGGGGCUGCUUUGAUGCUGCUUUCAAGAGGCAAUGCCUGCAGUAUUUAAGAGCUCCGAGGACAAUGCAGCUCAAUGGUUUCAGCACUGUUUUUUUUGGGGAAACAGAUAUUCCAGAAAGUCUUAUGAUAGGAGAAAAAAAUAGGCAAGGAGCCAGCCUGCGCUGGCCAGUAUGGACAUUUGUUCACACUAGCAGCAGCCAAGGGUGGGUACCCUGGGGGUAUAAGCUGCUAUUAAGAGGUGUUCUGCCCAUCCAUCAGCAGAACUGUAUCUUUCCGGAGUUGUGUGAUUCUCUGACCACCUCCUAUGGGAAGUGUGCAAUUGUGACGAGGGAUAAAAUGCAGCUGAUGCACGUGGGGGCAAAAGAUGGCAAGGAGCUGGAGACAGGAGCUCUGCUGCCAGUCCCACCAGCAAUCUACAUGUCCAGCACUGAAUGUUGCCCUGAAGCUGCCAGAGCAAAUGGCCAUGAGCUUCAUGUUGUGCCUUCAUCUUACAACUAUCUCUAUCCUAUGGGUGUCACCUGGUCUUCUUUGAAGUGGUUUAUUAUGAUUAACAGGAAGGACUUUGGCCGGAGGUCUAUUGAAAGGACCCACUCCUAUAGGUAUAUCCUCUUCAGUGACUUGAUCAUUAAAGGAAUAGAGAAGACAACCCCAAACAAAUGAAAGGCAGUGGUUAAUGGAGUGAAGAGAUGGGAGAUCUACUACCUCGACACACUUUCUUAA